CAGAUUUUGACUCCAUCUGGCUUCAAACUUAUUGAAGCAGAAAUGGGAGCUGAAAAUGGGGACGAAGCAUCGGUUAUGGCGACCCUUCUUCCUCUUGCUUCUGCUUCUCAGCAGCCUUAUGUGUCUGAGCUUCUAUCCUUCACUCUGGAUCGACUCCACAAAGAACCUGAGUUACUGCGGGUUGAUGCUGAGCGAAUAGAGAGACAAAUGCAGGAGGUGGCAGUGGGGAACUACCAUGCCUUCAUUGUUGCCACGGAUGCUUUAAAUGCGAUUAGAGAAGAAGUGUCCAAUGUUGAUAAGCUUCUGGAAUCACUAAUCUCUGAAAUCCCUGAAUUAAUAUCUGGCUGCACUGAGUUCAUUGAAUCCGCGGAAGAGGUCCUGGAGAAGCGGAAGAUGAACCAAAUGUUGCUCUCAAACCAUAGCACAUUGCUGGAUUUGCUUGAAAUUCCACAACUUAUGGAUACGUGUGUGAGGAAUGGUAAUUAUGAUGAAGCUCUUGACUUAGAAGCAUAUGUUACCAAACUUGCGACAAUCCACCCCAAAUUACCCGUCAUCCAGGCUCUAGCUGCUGAAGUUAGACAGACAACCCAGUCUCUUCUGGCUCAGCUUCUCCAGAAACUUUGUUCUAAUGUUCAGUUGCCAGAGUGCCUCCGUAUUAUUGGCUACUUGCGUCGAAUAGGAGUGUUUUGUGAGUAUGAACUGCGUCUGCAGUUUCUGAGAUGCCGGGAGGCAUGGCUUACAGGUAUUCUUGAGGAUCUGGACCAAAGGAAUGCUUAUGAGUUCUUGAAGGGAGUGAUAAACUGCCACAGAAUGCAUCUCUUCGAUGUCGUAAACCAAUACCGGGCAAUAUUUGCUGAUGAUACAUCAGGAAGUGAAGAAAACUCUGAUGGUGGGCUUCUUUUCAGUUGGGCCAUGCAUCAGAUCACUUCACACCUUAAAACUCUCAAAAUAAUGCUCCCAAAGAUAACUGAGGGUGGACCACUUUCAAAUAUUCUGGACCAGUGCAUGUACUGUGCAAUGGGACUUGGUGGUGUAGGGCUGGAUUUUCGAGGCUUGCUUCCACCUCUAUUUGAACAGGCAGUUCUCAAUUUAUUCUCAAAGAACAUGGGUACAGCAGUUGAAAAUUUUCAGUUGGUUUUAGAUUCACAUCGCUGGGUGCCAAUGCCAGCAGUUGGCUUUCCAGCUAGUAAUAUGGGUGAAGAGACCCAUGAUGACAUAUCUCCACCGCCGUAUCUAAUGGAGCAUCCACCUCUAGCAGUUUUUGUUAAUGGUGUGUCCGCUGCAAUGAACGAGCUGCGCCCGUGUGCUCCACUAAGUCUGAAACAUGUGCUUGGUGUAGAAUUAAUUAAGGGAUUGGAAGCUGUUGCAGACUCUCUGUUAAGGUACAACGCCACUAGGAUGCUCAGAGAAACUGAGUCUGCACUUUUCCUCUCACUCUGCAGAGCAUUCAUAGAGAUUGUCCAUCCGCAUUGUGCUGCAUGCUUUGGCCGCUGUUAUCCAGGAGGGGCUGGUUUUGUUAUGGAUGCCAAGAAUGUACUCGAUGGGGUCGGCCGCCUAUUAGCGACGGCUUCCUCCAGGGAGCUCCCGAAGCCAGCGAAAAUUUCAGAGGAGAAGGCUGUAAUGGAAAAUGGUGAUGCCCCCGUGGUCCAAAAUGGGACGACUUCUUCUGAUGGAGAACAGAGGAACGAAAUGGACGGAACGAACGUAAUUAACUUGCCAGCAGAGGAAAGCAAGGUGGAUGUAGCUGUUAAAGCCACAUGAUGUCGGGUUUGUUCUUCCAGUGGCCAUUGCUAGGUUGUAGGAUGCAUGAGGGCUGUGGUCUGUUCUGUAUAGGCUUUUGUAACGCUGUAGAUAGAGAACUCUGUUUUAGUUGUCACAAAAAAUAAAUCGAUUCAGGAACUGGGACUUCGGAAGCUCCAGUGGUUGGGUGUUUUUAUCUCGCUUGGAGAGUCUGUUUGUGACGUGAGUCUGUCAAUGUUACCGAUCAUUGGGCCAAUUGGAUUGAUUACCAUUUAACGGACAUUGAUUAAUGGGUCGUUUGAUGUGGUAUGUGGGUGUCUUAGGGUAUUUGAUCCAAAAUAGCACGUUUGAUUAGGAAAGAAAUGGAUACAAAUUUUGGUUCGGGUUAUUCUCCAAUUAUCGCAAACCUAUUAUGUGGGGAGGACUAGUAUUUCUCAAAUAACAGGUUGUUGGGAUUUUUUCUCUCAAUACACGAGUUCUAAAAAAAAAAAAAAAUUCGAUCUACACAUGUUUUUAUCAUCAUUGUCGUCAUCAAAAACAGUGAACAUAAUCAUCGUUAUUUAGAACGACGGCGAAUUUUUCACCGCAAUCAAUAACAACGGUGAACACAUCAUUGCGGUUAAGGAAAACGGUGAAUAUAUCACCGCGGUUAAGAAAACGGUGCAUCACCGCGCUAAACAAAAACGGUGAACGCAUCAUUGUUAACGUAAACGGUGGAUUCCGCAAUUGAGAAGAGCGGUGAACAUUUGUCACGUUUUCCAACUCCUGGUAGGUGAAUAAUUAGGUCACAACGACCUAGCCUUCACCGCAUUAUACUAAAGCAGUGAACGUGUUGACCGCCUUGGACAACCAUAGUGAUUGCUGACUGUUUUUCAUAUAAAUAAACGAUCCAAGCGUAGUUGAUGAAAAAAUCUCCCCCAUUUCUAUCAAAUUUAAGCAACAAUCCCCUUCUCGGCCUGCUUCCAGCAACUACGGUUACAUAAACUCCAAUUUUUUCGGUAUGAUAUAAUACUAUAUUGUUUAGAUUUUGAUGUUUCAGUAGUUAUAUGUAUGUAUUUAAUGAGUUAUUGUUAAAGGCAAAUAUGUUAUGUUAGAGAUAUUUAGAUUAAUUAUGGUAUGAUUGAUGUUAGUUAGUUAUGAAUUUAGAUGAAUUUUUUAGUAUACUCAUGUUAUUGUAAUGCUAAUUAUGGUCCAUGUUUCGAUUAGUUAGUUGCGGUUAUUUAUGGUUUUGGAUGAUAUUAUUUUCGUAGCCCUAAAAAUAUGGUUUUGGAUAAUGUUUGUGUAGCCCCAAGUACUAAUUAUACUAUACUAAUUUUAUUAGACUUAAGCUAAUAGUUACUUAUUAUAACAGACAUGGGUAAAUUUAAGAAGUUUUAGCUUCUUAUUUGGUGGAAUCGGAUGACAAACUCUGGCAUUGGGAUCGAUUAUGAAGACGGUGAAUCCGCUAUGUUGAAAAUUGAGUCGAGAUUCAGGUGACAAGAACUCCGUGACAUUUGUGCAGACAUGAUUUGUAUGAGCAGACAAACGAGAGUUGGUAAAAUUACUUACCGGUAUCCAAACAUGAGUGUUGGCUGGGUUAUGUACGAAGAAGUUGUCAUACAUGAUGAUGACGUUGUUACCAUGAUGUUACAGUUCCUAGCUGACAACCAGAUACGGCUUGCAGAGGUAUAUGUUAAGAUUGAGGCAGUGGGUGAAACUCAUUCUCCCCAGUAUUCUUAUGAUGAUGGUUUUGCAGGAGGGUACGAAUGGGGUGGUAGUUCAUGCAUGUAUUUUUGGAUUUUCCCCAGGUUAUUGUCUAUUUUUUCUAAUCCCAAAUUAUUCUCUCUUUUUAAGUCAUAUCUUUUGUCUUUUCUUUCCUAAUUAUCCCCGUAAUCAUUACUUGGUUGUUCCUCUUAUCUUAAUUAUGCAUAACACUAACAAAGAUAUCAUAUGUCU